AUGAGGGCUGAACGGGCAGCAAUCUCCCACGCCGAGCUGCUCGACUACAUGCAGCAGAGGGGCUUCACCCCGGGUGCAGCAGCAGAUGUGGUGGGGCGGCUGGAAAAGUCGGGCGCCAUGCUUAACCUCAGCGGCACCAUCUUGCUGCGGCCCGGCGAGGUGGCGGAAGCGCUGGCAAUGGUGCUGCCCAGCAGCUUGGAAACCGCCACCGAGCGGCUGCGUGCGGCACAGCAGGAGCUGGCAGCCCUAGAUGCCCAGCAGGCCAAGAUUGGGCGGCGAGCGGCAUGGCGGCAGCACGGCUUGGUCUGGGGCGGGCUGUCGUCGCAGCUUGCGCUCUGGGGCCUCAUGUAUCGGCUCACCUUCUGGGAGCUGUCAUGGGAUGAGCCCAUCUGUUUUUUUGUGGGGGGUGGACAGGCGCUCAUGUGCUAUGCCUACUUCAUGCUCACACGCCGCGAGUUCACCUGGGAGGCGGCGCUGGAGCGCUAUGUGGGCCGCUGGGAGGCUACUGAGCUGCAGCGCGCCGGCUGGGAUGCGCGGCACUAUGCACGCCUGAAGGUCGAAGUGCAGCGGCUGGGCGAGCUGGUGCAGGCGGCGCAGCAGCAGGAGGAGCGGCAGAGGCUGGCUGAGGCGCAGCAGCAGCAGGAAGAGCCUGCCCAAGGAGUGUCAGCGGCAGAGGGCAAGAACGAUGCGUGA